AUGCAUCUCACCACAACGACCAAUACCGUCGCCGCCAACAAUGCGGGCGCGACCCAGAGCAGCAACAACAAUGCAAACAAUUCUAGUUCAAAUAAUAAUGGCGGUAGUAAUAAUACUACAACAAAUGGCAACAACAGCAACACCAAUGAACAGAACACACCGCCUACAGCGGCUCAACUGCUAAAUGAAGCCUACACGAAGAUGACCUCAGAUAUAUUGGCGGAACGGACAUUAGGCGAUUUUCUCACAGAACAUCCAGGCGAGCUGAUACGUACCAGCAGUCCGCUUUUCGUUUGCACAGUACUGCCGCCACAUUGGCGUUCCAAUAAGACUCUGCCGGUCGCCUUCAAAGUCGUCUCACUGGGCGAUAUAAUGGACGGCACUAUGGUGACGGUGCGCGCUGGCAAUGACGAGAACUACUGCGCUGAACUGAGGAAUUGCACGGCCGUUAUGAAGAAUCAGGUGGCAAAAUUCAAUGAUCUAAGGUUCGUGGGACGCAGCGGCAGAGGGAAGAGUUUCACACUCACAAUUACAGUAUCUACAAAUCCGCCACAUAUCGCCACCUACAACAAAGCGAUCAAAGUGACAGUGGAUGGACCGCGUGAGCCGCGCUCAAAGACUAUGUUGUCGCUUUUAGGACAACAGCAACAGUUCCACUUCGCAUUCGGACAACGACCGUUCCAUUUCUCAGCCGAUCCAUUAUCGGGUUUUCGUAUGCCGCCAAUUGGGAAUUGUCAAAGUGCUAGCAAUACACACUGGGGUUAUGGCUCAGCAUCUGCAUACUCACCCUACUUGGCCGGAAGCGGACUGUCUUCCUGCACAACUCCAACUUCAGCACAAUUCAAUAAUCCAGCUCUGGGCUUCACCUGCUCCUCCAACGAUCAGUCAAACAAUCAGGACUUUACUGGCGGCUCAAAUCGCGAUUGUGUACCAAUGCUUCCAGAUUCCACGGCCACCGACUUGGAUCAGCAUUUGAGCAAUCUUGUAGGUUCUACCACCGGACAGAUGACUCACCACAGCCUGCUGGGAUCGAGCGGUCAAUCGGCAAUUUCCUCCACCGUCAAUGGUGGCGUCGGAACCAACUCCAUUUUGGUGCCACGCUAUCAUCACACCAAUACCAACAACGAUUACAAUGUACACUCCAGCCAGAAUGGACCACGAAGUUUGAGCGACUCUUCGCAAGCCGAAUCACCGGUGCAAGAAGAUCUACUCACCACAAACACACCAAAUUUGGGAGGUGGCGCCGGUGCUGGCGGCGGCGGCGGUGGUGGUGGUGCCAAUGGUUCGAACAACGGCAACGGCAGUGCCAAUGGCAGCACCGGCACCGGCGCUGGCAGCGGGUCUAACUCUUCGGCGGCAAAUAAUUCACUUGUCGGUGCCAAUCAAAAUUUCCCCGGACUAGUCAAUCAGACGCAAAAUCCAGCCGUCUAUAGCGGUGGCAGCGGUGCGGGCGUAGGCGUUGGCGUUGGUGUUGGGGGCGGUGGUGCAGGCACAACCGGUGCCGGCUGUAAUGGUUCACUCUAUCCCGUGCUGCCGGCUAGUCUACUCUACUCACAGCUCUACACAGCGGCCAAUCAGACUCAUGGCUUUCACUCGCAUGCGCUAACGCCUUCACACGCCUCACCCAAUUCAUCGGUGCAUGGCGCCGAACUGCAAAGCGUUAUGGAUCAUAUCAACAAUGUGGGUGUAGGAGUGGGUGUGGGCGUACGUCAGCAGCACAAUAUCAUGACAGGUGGUGGUGUGACGCAUCCGGGUGAUUUGACGCUGAUCGGCAAUUGUGGUGCCUCGGUGAGGAAUAUCGAAGACGGCAGUAAUACACAACGUCAAGUGGCCGCUUUGGCAGCACACCGCGGACACCACACACCCACCGACAAUGGGGGUAGCGUGUGGCGGCCAUAUUGAGGUCAGGUGCUCUGG